AAAGAAAGAAAAAGAAAAUUAAAGAGCCCGAUCACGGUUUCGUUCGGCUCAUCGUCUUCCUCCCAAACUUGAAUUUCAGCUGUGCAAUUAGGGUUCCUUCAAUUUCGGGAGCAGCCAUGUUCGCAGUUUCAAAUCCAUAAGUAAUUACGACGCCUCCACCGUCCGAUCAAAAUGGGAUCGUCGUCGUCGUCGACUUUCCCCGUGAUCUGCCUUCUUCACUCUGUGGUCGCAAUCACGAGCGGGACGCUGAUGAUGUUCUAUAUGAAGGAAAUUUACACGAUUGGGCAUGGGAUCGACAUCGCCACUAAGUUAAUGGGCUCUACGCCACACGAUCAGCUCCUGCUUCAGACCUCCGAUUCGUUUUCCGGGUUGCUCCUCUUCGCAAUCGGGUUUCUUCUGUUCAUGGUUUCGUUCGUGAAGGACAGAGAAUUUCAAGGGUUCUUCGCUAAGGGAUGUACGGUGCUUCACGUCUCAAUGGCGAUGUGGAGGUUCUAUUUCGAGCGAAGAGUGGAGGACCUUGCCUGGGAUUGGCUGAGGCAGAUUGUUGGUGACAUUCUUCUUGCCCUAUCUUGGGUUUUCUUUCUUGUUUAUUCCUGGAGAGAAAAAUAUGAUUAGUUUCCUGAGUAAAUUGUUGAGUCUUUUCUUUUGAUUCCAAGCUGCAAAUUGCAUUGAGAUUUUCUGGGUCUAGAUAUCUGUUCAAUAUUGGGGAAAAAAAAGUGAUUUAAAUCUUCAGAUGAACAUGGCAGUAAUGGGAAAAAUCCAUCCCACUUUCCUUUGUGCGUGUGUGUGUGUGUGUGUUAUUCCACUUUCCACUUUCCUUUGUUGAUUGAUGAAUAUUACUCGGCUUAAAAAAACCAGUCCUUCUGUAAAUGUUAUGUGCUUAAUAAGCCACAAAUGAAAUAUAUUUCAUAUUGAUGCUUUGUUA